UGCGUGCCAUACCAUGCUUUCACUACCCGUUGUGAUCUGGAGAUACACCCGAGAGGGGUCGGAUACAUUUUCUCUUUCAGGUCCCACAUUAUCUAGGAGAGCCUCUUGAAUGGAUACCCAAAACACAGUGGCUACGGCUACGAACAAUGACGACGCUGUGCAGCUGACUUUCUUCAGCACAGGAACAUUGCGCAUCAGACCCACGAUGCGCUCACAAUCUGCGAGCAGCUUUGCGCUGCUUCGUCGGAUAAAGUCGCUGUGCGACAGGCGAUGGACAGAGCCGUUUCCAGUUGGGGUCUUCUUGAUCCGCCACCCAGAAGGACUUUUCCUUAUGGACACCGGUCAAUCUCCCUGCUGCAUUGACACAGGCCCUCCCCCUCGCUUGGCGCUUUUCAAAGGCCGUCACAGCGAAUUCACCAUCCAGCGUCAAGAGGGCAUCCUGGAGCAGCUCCACAAGCAUGGUAUCAGGGUGGCUGAUCUCAAAAGCGUCAUUCUGAGCCACCACCAUAAAGACCAUAUCGGCGGCCUACAUGACCUGCUCACCGAAGCCCCAAAUCUCCCCGUUUACAUCAGUCGUCAAAACUGGGAAGCUUUCGGAAAGCAUCCGCUGCUCGCAAGCAUGGAGGGCGCAACAUCCAAUCCCUGGCCGAAAUGCUUUACACCGAGAAAAAUAGAUUUUGAGUCCCAUCCGGUGGGGCCGUGGCAGCAGUCUUAUCCUCUGACGGAGGAUGGCAAGAUUGUGAUUGUGGAUACAUCUGGGCAUGCACCCGGUCAUGUCAGCGUUAUCGUCUACGGUGAUGACGAAAGCGAGGGAGGGGGAAAGGUCACAUACUUCCUUCCGGGAGAUGCGACAUUCAGUCUAGAUCUUCUAGAGAAGGAGGACCCGGGCGGUAUUAAUGAGGAUCCGAAGCGUGCCGUGCAGACCCUUAAAACCAUCAAUGAGUUUGCAAGAGGGACUGAUGUGGUUGUACUGCCGAGUCAUGAUACCACUACGCCUCAGCUGCUUGCUGAUCGGGCAGUGUACCGGCCCAGCCAACGUGAAGUUGAAAUCCAUUGAAUGUAUCACGGCCAUACAUACAAUCUUCAGCAGCUCUAUUCCCUAUUAUCCACCUCCCAAACCAUCGAAUCGUGCACAGACCCAUCUACCCCCCUCUCCAACCUCACCUCAAACCCCAACCUCUCAUAAACAGCC